UCGAGUACAAGUAAAAUUUAAACGAGCCAAGCCUGAAGAAGCGAAACUCGGUCAAAUCGGCUCAUUUGCACCCCAGCUCCCUAGCACUCCCCUACAUAUUUUUUUCAAUUUAUUGUUUAUUUCUUGAAAAAAAAAAAAAAAAAAAAAAAAGAAACGAUUUGCAGUAAACACAGCCGCUUCCCAUCUCUGCACACAGCCGCUUCCAGCCUUCGCCAACACCGGGAGAACGCCGCUAGCCACGGACUUCCGUUCCCGCUCACAGUCCAGCCUCCAGCGGUUGCCACGCCACGUCUGGCCUUCCACGGCUCUGUCCAACCAAAUCCAGCCGCCGCCGACAGCCACAACCAAUUCCAGCCACCGUCUACCUCUUCUCACGGUCAGAUCCGGACAGUGAACCUCCGUGCCGUUCAGAACCUCCGCGUCGCCCCUGCACACCGCGACCAUCGUCUCCUCCGCCAUUCGCAGCCCGGUUGGAUCUCUCCGUCGUAACCCCACCCCUCCUCUCCGUUGCCGCUGCUCAAGCCACAGACGACCACGCCGCCACGGGCUGGCCAUCGCCAGCCGAAGUCCACCUUUCAGAAAGUUUCCGCCCAUGCGCGCCGUUCGUAACCCCACGCCAUCGCCGGCACCAGCACCAGCACCAGCAACGUGUGCUGUCAAUCUGGAGAAGAAAUAGAAGAAGAUGAAUGGUGUUUGGUAACGGGUUUGAUGUACUCUUAUUCGGGUUUGCAGAUUUGCUUAUUCUAGUUUAGGGAUAUGUUACCCUGGUUUAGGUUUUUAAACCUAGAUGUCUUCGGUUAGGGAUUAAGGUAAUUCUUAUCCCAGUUUUAUCCCAGUUUAAUCUAAUAUGCGAAUAGAUAUUCUUAUAAAAAAAUAAAAAAAAAAUGAAAAGAAUCUCUGUUGAAAAGAAAAAAAUAAUUAAAAAAUCAAAAGAAUUUCAAGUUGUCUAUCUAUUGGCCCAUAAUUGGCCAAUUUUUGGGCCUAUUUUUCUCGGUUACGUGGUAUUGUUUAAAAUCCUAAUCAGGCCGAAGUUGGCUCACUUAAGCCCAAAAUUCUCUCAGCAUGGACUCAAGGCAGCUUGAGAUGAAGCAACUGGACUUUGCUGAAGGCACUCCAGAACUUUGCAGCAACCAGAAAGCUAUUGGAAUAUUUGCCAGUUAUGAGUCGGAUGCACUUGAGCUGGAGAAGAAACCAGAGCUUCCAUAUUCAGAAAGUGCUCUACAGCUCAAAUCAUCCAGAGUGGAGCCAUCAGCUUAAAAGGAGCAGCAGCAGAAAGCUACUCUCUGCGGCAAGGCAAAGCACAUGAAUACCAGGAACAGCUGAAGUGUCAGGGCCAGGGAAGGCAAGUACGCCCUCCUCGAUCCCAAGGUGUUUCCCAAGUUGAACUUCUGAAAAUGAUACCAUGAUGGAAUCGGUUUCCUCAAAAAAUCAGUAUGAGCAACUGCAGCAACUCAAGCGUAAAGGCCGAAGGAGGACUUCAAAGUUAAAGCCAGAUUGGCAUAUGGCUAUUGCGGAAUCACUGCCGUCAGAUGAUCAGCGUCAUCAUGAGCAACUGCUGCCAAAGCAUCGAGGCUGGGGGAGGCCUCCUAAAUCGAAGGAAGAUAUAGAUCCACCUAUAGCUCAUCAGAAUCUAAAUGGACACCAAAAAGAAGGAUGUGAGAGCCAGGGGAGACAUCCUACACCCAAGAGAAAGGCAGACACAAUUUUGCAAGAGUCAAUACCCUUGGAUCACCAGAAUCAUAAUGAAUUGCAGCUGCAGCAGCCUGGUAAACGGGGUCAGGGGAGGCCUCCUAGACCAAAACCAGUUUUAGCUACAACCAUGGAGGCAUUAUUGCCUUCACAGCAGCAGGAGCAACCCCAACGUCGAGGACAGGGGAGGCCUCCUAAAAGGAAGUUGUUUACAGACAGAAUGAUGGGAGAGCCAUUGACCUCAGAGAGCCAACUGCAGCAACCGAAAUGCCAGGGCCGGGGAAGGCCUCCAAAAGUGGACCAACAGUAACUUAAAUGUUCUGUUUGUAGUAGCACUAGCAUUAUAAGGUGGCAGUUUUUAUAGUAGGGUUGAUACUUGAUUGGUUAUUUGUUUUUGUAGAAUCGUGCAAAUAAGUUUCAAUCUUUUUUGGUGGAGAUGUAUAUAACGAAUAUCAAUCCACUCUUCAUUUCUUUACAUCUCAGGAAUGGCGACUUUGUGCAAUGAAGUCUUUGAUGGGUUCAACUGCCUUUUGUUUAACCUACAGAGAGAUUAUUUACAUGUAUAAAUUAAAUAAGUUUUGCUUA